GGCUGCUGCUGUCGCUUGCGGAAAUGUACGGCACACCACCCGGUACGUCGGCGCCAGCGGUGCCGUCGGUUGACGUACUGCCGUACAUCGCCGGCGCAUUGAGCGCAGUGGCCUCGGCGCUGCCCGCCCAGUUCGGACGAGAGGCGCUGCUACCCGUCAUCUUCAACCCCCACCUGCUGCUGACGCCGCUUCUCUCACGCGAGGCUGCGCCGCCGCGACUGGCUGCCGUGUCCCUCCUCCACACCCUCUUCCAGUGCCCGGCUGCCGUCGCCGCCGUCGCCGUGGCCCUGGGCGUCCAGGGCUACAAUCACCCCUUGGUACGGCAGAUCUCCUCAAAUUUUGUCGGGGACUCCGGAGCGGGAGCGUUUUCAGGUUAUAGGACGAUGGCAGCAGGAGCAGCAGCAGUUGCAAGAUCAGGAUCCGGGAAUUAUCCGAACGCCACCGCAACAAACGCACUGACGGCGGCGGGCGCGCAUGCCGAGAUGAUGGAUCAUGACCAUCACCACCCGCACCCGCACCUGAGCCGCCCGAUCGUCAGCAAUCAGGGCUUUGUGGUACCGCAGCAGCCUUCACCACCUCCGCCGUACGACAAGACCUGCUUGGAUUCCACAGCCGCCAUUAACCUCAUGGCUAGACUCCUAGAAGCACUCGAGCUGGAGGAGGCGGAGGAGGCAGGCAGCCAAGGCAGCGGUGACGGCGCCAUCGGUGGCAGCAGCGGCGGCGACGGCGAUGGGAUCGAGUACGGCAGCGGUUUAUGGCUGUCGUACAGCCUACCUCGCCGUACCCUGCAGCUGCUGGCGGCGCUGCUGGAGUUGGGUCAUGAGGCUCUGCUGGCGGCGCUGGCGGGCUCACACUGGCUGGA